AUGCGUCUCCCAUAUGCCCCGACGACACCACACCCUACCGAUGACGAGGCGAUUCAAAUCUAUCAAAGGAUCUCAGCUCGUCGCCUACCACGACCUCUAGUCCCCUUGGACCUUGCGUUUUUACAUGCACCUCCAGUGGCAGAUGGCUAUAACUCCUUCAUCGGGUCCCUUCGCACGAAAACCAGUAUCGCACCUGAUAUAUUGGAGAUCAGUGUCUGUCGUAUUGGUGUUCUUAAUAAAGCCGUUUAUGAGUGGAAUAUACAUGGGCCGCUAGCAUUGAAAGCAGGAGUUUCAGUCAAUGAACUGAACGAUGUGGCAACACUUCCUGCUUUCACUGAUGAAGGAGAGCACUCGCGACAAGCCUGGACUCGUAGUGUCCUGACGAGAGCCCAGCAGACUGUGAUCAAAUAUACCGAUGAGAUGACGACUCGUGUGGCAGUGAGUGACGAGGUAUUUCAGGAGUUGCAUGAGGUUCUACCGUCCCACCGCGAGGUGGUAGAGCUUACUACGACUAUUGCAGGGUAUAACUGUGUUAGUCGGUUCUUGGUGGCUUUGAAUGUUGGUGAGCACAAUGAAGGGGAAAUGAAAAGUCCCCAGAAUAUGGCAGAGAGCGUAUGA